AUGGCACCCACCUACAAACAAACUCAAGGAUUCGAAGGCAUUUUAAAUUUUAAAGGUUUUUGGGACGAUCGUUACAAUGUUGAUGGCGAUUUACAUAUUUUGGAAGUUCGUUACUUUUUAGCGGACGAUACAAUGCAGAUUGUUGAACAUAAUUCAGAUGGUGGUUUAAAGACAUUUCUCAAAAGACAAAAACUUCCAAAAGAUCGAAUUUAUGUAAAACCACCGGGUUUUAGUGAACAAAAUGAUUUAUUGAAUGUUUUGGCCAUAAAUUCGAUGAACCAAUGGUAUGCUUUUGAUCCUUUGGGAAAUUUGAGUGAUUCUCAAGAUUGUUAUUAUCAUUGGUCGAAUCUACAUGUGGGAGCUGAAAUUGACGUUUAUAGCCGAAAAAUAGUCUUGUCUAGUUGUGACGAGUAUACCAAGCAAUAUUAUUCAGAUUAUGGUUUGAAUAAUUUUCCUUCUGAAAUUGACUCUCUCAUAGAAGAGAAAGAAAAAUCGACUGUCCAAACCAUACCAGUGUGUCACGAUGAAAAUGUUUUGAAUAAACUACUUAGUCAUUCAACAAUGGAAGCCUUAGUUUUUAAAGCAAAAAUUCUACCUAAGGAACCGAACAAUCUAAAUCGAGAAUUUAUCGUAAAAUGUUUUCUAAGCGAUCAAAGUUUUUCUGUUUCCGAAAUGAAUAUACAAACGGCUGGUGCAAUAGGUUGUAGGUUUUUUUCAAAACGAAAAAUUCCAAAAGAAAGUCCAAAUGAAUUUAAUGUAAUAUUUAAACUAUACGUUGGUGUCAAAUUAAUCAUAGAUGGUUUCAAAUUUGUGUUUAUUGACGUAGAGGAUAGGACGUUAAAGUUUAUGAUGGAUCAUCCAAAAGAAGUGAGUUUGCAUUGUGUUCAUACUAUGGAUAAAAAUCCAAAACUUAUAAAAAUACACUUUUAA